AUGGGCAUUAUUCCAUGGGCCUUCUGCUUAGCAGCAAUCACAACUCUUGCGACAGCAGUUUACCGAAUAUUGUUCCAUCCCUUAUCCUCAGUCCCCGGUCCAAAGCUUGCUGCUUUGUCCGGCCUCUACGAAUUCUACUUCGAUUGCUUACUCGAGGGAAAGUUUAUAUUCGAGAUCAGACGUCUGCAUGACGUUCAUGGCCCGCUCGUUCGAAUAGGACCUAAUGAAGUCCACAUAUCUGAUCCCGACUUCUACGAGCAAGUACAGAAUGUGACCGGCAAGCUCGACAAGGACCCAUGGUACUAUGCCUUCAUCGGCUCGGCAGAUGCAGGCUUUGGCACCGCUGAUGCCGCAAUCCAUCGUUUGCGAAGGCAAGCCAUGAGCCGGUUCUUUUCCACCUCUGCAAUCGCGAAACUCGAAGAGACAUCUCGAGAGAAAGUCCUCAACCUUUGCAGCAAGCUGGAUGUUUUCAUGAAGGCAGGCCAUCCCGUGAAUAUGUCCAAUGCGUAUCGAUGCUUGACAUUCGAGAAUGUGACAGCGUACAGCCUGCCUCGAGGCUUCAAGAUGCUUGACCACACUGAUCUGUCGAAACCAUAUGACACGCAAGCUCGGUCCAUUGCUCAAUUAGCGAUCUGGAACCGACACCUGCGGUUCCUUUUUCCUUUGCUGCUCAGAUUCUCGGACUGGUACCUCCAUCUAUUUCCACGACCGCCCGAGAAUGAAAUGCACGGCUUCAGUGCUAUAGACUAUUUCGAUUCCUUUGCCAAACAAGCCGCUGAAGUCGUCAACGCGGCCAAACGCAGCGACAAAAGCGUCCUCGACGGCAUCGUCAAUUCUGAAUCGCUUCCCGAGAGCGAGAAGACAGUCGACAGAAUUGCUCAGGAAGCGCGUACUCUGGCUGGGGCGGGCACUGAAACGACUGGCUCGAUUCUGGAUCGCAUCACCUAUCACAUCCUCUCGAACAGCUCGAUUCGCGGAAAAUUGCUUGCCGAGCUUAGGCAUUUCGUUGAGGGUCACGGUCCCGACGCCGACAUUCUGCUAGACUACAAGUCUUUGCAAGAUCUCGUCUAUCUGACGGCCACAAUUAACGAAGCUUUGCGGUUGUCGAACAGCGUCUCCGGGCGCCUCCCACGUAUCAGCCAACGAAGUCCACUGACAUAUAACGAGCACGUCCUCCCACCAGGAACAGUAAUUAGCGUCAACAGCUCCGAUCCACUAACGAAUUCUGCUGUCUUUCCGCAGCCCAUGAACUUCGACCCCGACCGUUGGGUCACAGCCACGCCAGAACAAAAGAAGCAGAUGGAGAGAUACUUUGUGCCUUUCGGCAGAGGUGCUCGCAGCUGUAUUGGGAAGGAGCUAGCACUGAUGACACUGUACCUCACCACGGCGAACUUUGUCUGGAGGUAUGGGCAGGCGGCGAAGCUGUGGGAGACAGGUCCAGAAGACGUGAACAUGGAGCAUGAUUUCUUCGCGCCAUUCGCGAGGAAGGAGAGUCAGGGCGUCAGAGUACUGCUGAAGGACAGCGGUGGUCAUCAUGGGCAUAAGGAAGUCAAGGCGAGCUCGGCCAGCUGA